AUGAGUGUGUCCAAUAAUGGCAGUCUCGCUGCCGUUUUGCAGACUUCCAUCUCACUCUGUGAACGUUUCGCGGCGUCUCUUGCGCCAAACGCUGCGAUCGACUUGCCUCCCACGAACCCAGACUCACCAUCCCCGCUCAUUCUAGCUGAUGCAGCCGCUGCGUCUCUAAAAUCACAAGUCACCAAGCUAUCCUUGCUGGCUAUUACAACUCCAUUCACGGCUUCGGCUAUCACGACCUGCCUCAAACCACUGAACGAGUCAAUCCUGACGUCCCUCGUAACGGCGGCGCUUCUGACCACGGCCGAGUUGUUUACAGCUUCGUUUUCUGGCGAGUGUCGUUCUCUGGCCGCGACUACUCUCCUGGAUACUCAAGGACUGCUGCAAUUGAUAGCAACGCGAAGUACAGAGGGGAAACCAAAGACAGAACUAUCUGGAGUGCGAAAGAAGGCUUUCACCGAGGCCACUGGACGCAUCUGGGAUGAUUGUGACAAGUUAGUACCCCUAGCGAAGGAAGGCGUGCCUGGCUAUGUGGUCAGAAAGUCCAAGGAAUGGCUUGACUUGAUGAAGGAUGCGGUAAGAGAGUUCGAAGAAUGGGAUCCGGCAGAGAAUAUUGAUGAUGAUGACCCCUUUGGCGAGCAGCUGAGCGACGACGACGAGGAGGAGAACCUGGAGGAGGGUAGCGACACUGACAGAAUUGCUAUCUCUGCCGGGGUCAAAGAGCAAGCGCUCAAGGUUCUCAACCGUAUCCCUCAAAGCAUUCACGUCGUUAUCAAACAAAGGCUCGAGAAAAUGGACCUGUCGAAACAAGCGUCAAGGUCUCAGAUCAAACAAUUGGACACGAUACUCAAGCGGAGCCGUCAUGUCUCUGAAUUAAUCGACGAGUCGGCAGAGGGUAUGUACCUGGGAGACCCUGAAAUCUGCUUAAAAAAGGCAGGCGAGGCUCGUGCUGUGACGAUAGAAGUUGUCGAAUCGGUAUUACAACCAAUCACUCAAAAACAAAAUGCCGCUUCAAAUCAGUCUAAAGAGGACAAGUACAUCCAACGAGCGUUGGAAUGGAUACAACAGGUUGAUCCUGCGAAUUUCGCACCGUCCACCUUGUCAGGUUCACACAAUCGAAAUCCUUGA